AUCUGUAGCAGCCUGGCAGGACUACACGCGCGCGACCAUCCGCCUGGCGGCCUGGGCGUCAUUACUAACAAUAUGGGAUCUCGCCUUCUGGAUACGAGACUAGUCAAGACUUAGACACCACAGCAUAUUAAGCCCUUGAGGCGCGAACCACUAACUCCCACGGUCACAGGUCGAGAGAAACGCAUGAAAAUCCAAUCUCUCUGACAAACUGGCGGCUCCCAACGGUUCUCAUGCCUUUUGAUCAUUCUACCGUUCUACGUCGGUUGAAUUUAAUGAUGGCGGACGCUGCUGACGUCGUACACGGCGUCGUCACUUUUUGGAAAACAUGUGUGCAGAUUUUCGAAGUGAUCGAUUCUGGUCGGAAUGAUGGCAUGGAAUAUGAGCUCCUUCGCGUCAAGCUAGAAGUCGAACGAAUUCGCCUAGUUAGUUGGGGCGUCACAAUCGGCCUCGACAACGACGGCGACGUUCUUCAACCGGAUUCGCGCCUGGAGCGAAAAGAUGCAAAGGAUACGGUAAUGCGGCUGCUCGCGUGCAUUCAGCACGUAUUUGAGGACUCGGAGCGGCUGCAGAGCACAUUCGGGCUUCGGCCAUCAAUGAAAAAAGCAGAAGACAGCCUUGCUGUUGAACAGGCGCAGUUUCUACUUAGGGCGAUCUUCAAAAAGCCUUAUGAGAGUCUCCAGAGUAGCGCGCGUGAUCCGCAGAGAGGCGCAAGCAUAAAGAAGCAGACAAGAUGGGCAAUUCACAACAAGCGGAAUUUUCAGACCAUGAUUACGGAGAUCCAAGGGCAUAUUGACAGUUUAGAGAACUUGUUCCCCGACUCGACGGCUCGGGUUGUAGAGGCAAUGAGAGUUGAAGUUAAGAGCAGCACGAGUGUAGAGGAGCUUCGGUUGCUUCAAGAUGCGACGGCAGAAGAGUAUAGAGAACUAGCCGAUUGUGCGAGCGCGAGGCUGCGGAUGCUUGGUGCAGCGAGCACCACCGGGACCGGGCUUCAAACGGGCCAUAGGACGACGAGUCAAACGCUUAUCGCUGAUGGUGAAGACCGUGAAAGUCGCCAAGAUGUCGACGAUGGCGACGAUGGCAGAACCACUCAGGGAGAAGAUCCAGCCCUAACGGAACUGGCGAUGAAGUUGAACGAAAUCGACCUCUACUGCGGUAAGAAGCGCGCAGGGGCUUUGAGUUUGCAGGUCCUUGGUGCAAACAGCUACACCUCCAAGGUCACCACCCACUGCUACUGGGGUGGCAAAAAGGAGGAUCGCUGGUGGGAUCGGGACAUCACAUACCCUCCCACAACACAUGCAUCGUUUGCAUUGUACAAGAAGAAGCGGUUCCAGCCUUUGAAGAGUCAAAUCGAUGGACUCAGAGACUACCAAUACGAUGACACCGAGGAAAGUCAAGUCCUAUUCAAUAUCGAAAGCUAUCCCAAAUACGAGAGUAUCCAUCCUGGCACGGUGACCGUUGAAGGGUUUGGUUUAGAGGCUUGGGAGUUUGAAGAGGAGCACCAUCCUCUAAAGAAGACAAUCUUAGUUAAUCGUUCAAACAUGCCCCCUAUAAAGGCCAAAACGCUGCUUCGGAGGAUUGACGAACUGCAAAACAGACCACCCCAGUUCGGAUGGAAUCCUAAGAGGGAUGCUGUGGACUUGAAAGACUUCACCGGCGAUAUGGGGAUCAAAUAUAUCAACCCGGCUUAUGCAGUGGACGAUUGGACCCAAUUCUCGAACCUGUUUCAGCUACUCAACCGCACUGACAUUUUCGCGAACUUUUUAAUGACCUCUAGCAUUGGAUCCCAAUGGCACACGCCUGGGGAUGGACAUAAGCUCUGGAACCUCCUCUGGCAGGUCAUCAUUGCAAAAGAGCUCGCCAGACGAUUUGAGCAUGGUCAAAGGACUAGCUACUCGACCGGCUUCACCCCUAGAAUUCUGGCAUCGAUGAUUGUGGCGGAUUUAUGGCUCAAUCAUAUUUCCAUCAUUCUGGUUCACCCGGAAUUGGACUUGUCCGAGGUCAAGGCGGUAGAGACGGCCGAGUUGAAGGCAAAGGCGGAAGCUUUCAAGAAAAAGGGAAAUGAAGCAUUUGCACGGAAAGAAUUUGACGACGCCAUCGAGAAUUACACCGAAGCUAUCAAGAUCGACCCGGGAAAUGCCAUCUAUCGAAGCAACAGAUCAGCGGCGCAGCUCUCCAUGGAAAGACACGAGAAAGCUCUGGAGGAUGCGGCCAUUGCGAUGCAAUUGGACCCCAAAUACGUCAACGCACGGUCCCGCUUCGGUCAUGCGGCAGCCAAAUUGGGUCUUCUGAAAGCGGCAAUUGGCGCGUAUGAGGCCGGAAUGCGUCUGGCGGGAACCAAUGCCACCGACGCAAUGAGAAAAGGUCUCGCCGAAGCGAAAGCGAAAGAAAAAGCAAGCCUUGAGGCUAUUGACAAAGCCGACGAAGAUCAACGAGAGGUUCUUCGAAAGGCAUACCUCGAUCGAGAUUUUGAAAUCAUUUUGAAGUCCGUGAAGGUGUAUUCACGCGUUCAUGAGCAACAGGUGGAAGGAAUCCUCCGAUUUGCCGCCAAAAUGAAGUGGCCGUAUAUGAAUGAAGUUCGAGACUACGCCGAAGAUGUGUAUGGCGCCAUGCUGGGAGGGCAAAAUAUUCCUCUCGAUCUGUACGACUGGCUCUACGGCAUGACACUCCCCGGCAAAUGGUGUGCAUUUAAAAUCAUGAGCGCUAUGAUUUUGUGCACACCAUCGAUUAAGGAAUCUGUGGGUGUCGCUCUAUUGUUCGAUUGCGGACUAUCGUUGCCGAAGAAGUCCUACUGGCGUAUCCGAACGGUUCUCGGUCGUGUUCUCGGUUGCCUGCCAGGAGUGAUCUCGCUUUGCGGAUGGACCGGUCCUUGCCCGCCUGUCGAAAUUAUUCCACCGCUUCCAGAAAACCAGCCGUGUCACGUCCACCUCAAGGCGCGGCAGUUGAGUCUUUUGCCGCACAAAACCUGGCACGACGGCGAUCCCAUCGACAUUGCUCCUUCAGUCCAUCCAUACAAAGAUAUAGAGCUCCGCGAGGGCGAAGAACCUGGGCCAUGGGCGGCUGAGAUGCGAGAUGCCAGAAACUGGAUCAUCCCAGAACCGCCGGUGCGGCAAGUCAGCACUUGUGAAUUGAAAGCCAUCCAACUGAAGAAGGACCUAUCAGCAAGCGAACCGAACUCUGAUAGCCAGGCAGCGUAUCGCGCCCAGAUUGUGCUCAAGAUGGACGAUAGUGACGAGCUAACUACCUACCGGCUAUACACCAAUCCGGUAUUUAUCACGGUGCCGGCUUGCCAUGGAGGGCCGAAGGGUGCGCACGAGGUGCAUCGGAGGGAAUUGUACAGGUAUGAGAAUAUUUGGACCGUCGAACGGCUCAAGGACCAUACGGAGGAGGACUCGGAAGAAAGGAAUGUUAUGGUCAUCAAUGCCACCGGCAACGGCGCCGAGCUGCUUGCUCGAGCUUGGUGCUCGGAAAGGGGGAAAAAUGCUGUGAUUCGGAGGACAGGAGGACCAUGUUUUGUGUGCGCGGAACGAGCAGCGAGCUCAUCCGGACUUGGAGUGGGUGUGCUGAUUUGGGUCUCUUAAAUGUCACGUAGUCUAUCACGUAGUCAUUAAUCGCUCAGCGAAUACGACACGAA